AGAACACUAAAUAUUUAAGUGAAUAUGUAGCGCGAUGUUAUGAGAUGCUUUUCUUAAUUUUUUUGUUUGCUCUUUUUUUUAGCACUAAAGAGUAGUAAUAGAAAUUCUCAAAUAUGCAAAAAAGUCUGAUUUGUUUUUUAUUUCAGAUACCACUAGAGUUUUGAAUUAUUCCUAUUAUUUAUUAGCUGUUUUACAAAGGUAGAGUAAAAAUCAAAAAACACUAUGUCCGAUGAAGUUUUUAGCACAACUUUGGCUUAUACAAAGAGUCCAAAAGUCACCAAAAGGACUACUUUCCAGGAUGAGCUAAUAAAAGCAAUUACAGCUCGCUCAGCCAGGCAAAGGAGUUCUGAAUACUCAGAUGACUUUGACAGUGAUGAAAUUGUUUCCUUAGGUGAUUUUUCUGACACCUCAGUAGAUGAAAAUUUGGAUAAGAAAAAGAUGAAUGAUUUCCAUUUAUCAGAUGAUGAAGAAAAGAAUUCUCCAAAACUGUCUUUUUUGAAAACCAAGAAAUCAAACAGUGACAUGAUGGAAGAUGAGGCAGUAUUCUCCACCAAAAAUGAUGAGGAAAUGGCACCUGAUGGUUGUGGAGAUAUGGCUGGAACUCCCUUAUCUGAAUCUCAAAAUAAAGACCAAGAAAUUGAAAAAGACAAAAUUAAAAUGAAACCUAAACCCAGAAUUCUUCCAGUCAAAGGCAAAUCUUCAGAAAACAGCAGCAGUCUUGAAGCAGACAAGCACUUUAAGCCUUUACCUCGUCCACGGAGCAUGUUGAAAAAACACAGCCACAGGGAGGAGAAAGAUGGGCUAGGCAAAGAUGAGACCACUGCCCUCCAUGAAGAAUUGGAGGCACAUUCUGCACCCUCCCCCUUUCCAAAACUAAGUGACAGACAACUAGAAGCUGUGAAAAAAUUGUUCUCCGAAAACCUCGAUCCUGAGGAUCCAUGUUUAACAAGUUUAUCAUCGUCGUCCCUUAAAGAAAGUCUUGGAGAUUCCUUUUCACCAGGAUCUGGAGGAAAAGCAUCCAUAAAAGAUCAAAAUGAAGAACUCCCUGAAAACCACAUGAGUUCAAAUGAAAAUGAAGAGAAUUCAUUCUUAAUAGACUUUGUCACUCCUCCAAUUGAGAAAUCCCAGGAAAGUCAAGUGAUAACCGAUGACCUUGAAGAAGAAAAGGAGAAAGCUGAACUGAUGAUGAAUGACUUAACAGUUGAUCCACCAUUGUUGAAAGCUCAGAGUAUCUUAGUAUCUACUGAUGCAACAGAGCCUUCAAAGAAAACAAUUGAAGAUAGAAAUAUGAAGACUAAAAAGUCAACAAAUACUAGAGCUUCCAGUGCAUCUGGCAGAUUAAUGACCCCUGAGUUCUUAAAGAAAUCUAAUUCUGUAAGGAGACCUCCAUCAACAACUACCUCUUCUCACUAUUUAGGGACUUUGAAAGUCUUGGACCAAAAGCCCUCACAGAAACAGAACAUAGAACCUGAAAGAGCGGACAGCAUAAGGGCAGCUGUUUAUCAGGAGUGGUUAGAAAAGAAAAAUGUGUAUUUACAUGAAAUGCACAGAAUUAAAAGGAUCGAAAGUGAAAACUUAAGGAUCCAAAAUGAACAGAAAAGAGCUGCUAAGCGAGAAGAAGCAUUAGCAUCCUUUGAAGCCUGGAAGGCUAUGAAAGAAAAGGAAGCAAAGAAAAUAGCUGCCCAAAAAAGGCUUGAGGCCAAAAACAAGAAGAAAACAGAGGAAGAAAAUGCCGUGAGAAAGGAAGAAGCACUGCAGGCCUUUGAACGAUGGAAAGAGAAAAAGAUGGAAUAUCUUAGAGAGAAAAAUAAAAAGGAGAGAGAAUAUGAAAGAGCAAAGAAGCAGAAAGAGGAGGAGACGAUUGCUGAGAAAAGGAAAGAUAACCUAACUGCUGUUGAGAAAUGGAAUGAAAAGAAGGAUGCUUUUUUCAAAGAAAAGGAGAAAGAGAAAAUAAAUGAGAAAAGAAGAGAAGAACUGAAAAGAGCAGAGAAAAAAGAUAAAGAUAAGCAAGCUAUUGAUGAAUAUGAAAAAUGGCUGGAAAAGAAAGAAAGGCAGGAAAGAAUCGAACGAAAACAAAAGAAGCGUCAUCCCUUUCUGGAAAAUGAGGCACUUCCUCCCUGGAGCCCUCCAAGCAGAACUGUAUUCUCAAAAGUGUUCUGAUACUUCUCAUUUUUACAUUAUUUAGUUAUCAAUUCACCAUUUUAGCCACUAUUUAUUCAAUUAGUUAUAGUUAGUAGAGUCUAUUUUUAUUAAAUGCCAGCCAUUUCCACUAACAAUGGAAAAGAUGCUAUGGAGUUUAAUCAGUGAAAUAAUUGAAAGCUUUUUUUUUGGACUGUAGGUAAACUGCCUCAGAUGCGAAGCUAAUAAUCAGAUUGCUCUUAACAUUCGAAUGACCAUCACAUCCCGACAGUCCUUACAAUCAGAUGAUCCAUGGUCACUUUCCCAAAGCUGUGCAUGGUAUUUAAG